AUGGUGAGAAACAGAGUAUUUGGUCAGGUCAUGGAAGAAGGAGACAAUCCUGCAUUCUUCAAGAUUCUUCGAAGGGAAGACUUGUCUUCUGAAAUCAUGGUAGAGAAUGAUUCCUCAUCACUUGAUAAGAAGCAUCUCCGACAAGUCUCCGUCGUUAAAGAUGGUCUUAAAAGUGCCAUGGGGAAGCUCAUGUUUGUGAAUGACAACGGUUUGGGUGAAAACGAGUAUCUUACCUUCACUCAUGAAGCAAAUAGGUGCUUUAAUGUAAACACCUACGAGGAAAAUGGUAAGGAGAUGCUUAAACCAAGACAAUCUUCAACCAUUACUUCUAGUUCCGGUCGGAGCAAGAGAGAAGAGAGGAAUAGCAACUACAUAGAUGUGAAGAAGGAUGAAGAGACAGGGAUCCCGAAGAAGUUUGUGGACAUGCAUAUGCCAAAUCAGACAAAGAUGUUCAAGAUUCAUCAUCCGACGGGAAAGAAGUCAUGGGAGGUUACGUAUGUGGUCACUGAUGUGCAGUCAAGAUUUUCUGCUGGAUGGAGUCGUUUCGCCAAAGAAUUAGGCUUAGAGGUCGGAGAUGUUUGCACGUUCAAGCUCAUCGAACCAACCGAGAUCUGUGUCAAAGUCUCCAAAGAAUAG